AUGGAUUCUGCGACUGCCCAGGUUGUAUUGAAGCUCCAGCUCGACGACGUAGACGCUAUUCUGAAGACCUUGCCUAAAACUGACAAAAACGGUGCCGUCAACAGCGAACGAGUCGCAUUUGCGGCGCUUGGCGAUGAGCUUCUGAGGAAGUGGAACAAUCUUCGCGGCCAGGCCUUCGCUCGCAACAUUGUUCAAGAAGAAAACUCGAGUCGAGAGGCGUAUAAGAAGCUCUUGGGCGAGGAGCAGCAAGCUGAACGCGACCAUGAUUUAGCUUGCAGACUUUCCGGCAAGCCCGUACCUCAGCGCCCUGCAGUCCAACACGCGUACGCUAUGUACAAAAACGUGGCUGACCAGAAGUCUGAGCCCGUCAAUGAUAAGACUCUCGCAGACAAGGACCUCCGCUCUGAUCUCACUAGCAUGCAAACGAAACCUUCGAAGAACGGGCUCUUAUCUGGCAAAAAGCGUCUUGCCGAGGAUGAUUUGAAGCCCGAUCUUGGACCGAACAGCUUUAAGCGUGCGCGUGUCGAUGAUGCAAAGGACGAAGACGAUAACUCCAUCACACCGAACAUUCGUACGACUACGUCAAAAAAGCGCACUGUUUCUCUUGAUCCGGCAAUAUUCAGGGAAAACGAAGAUGGAAGAACAAAACGAGCGAAACUUGAUAAUCCGACAAAUGAGUCUUUGCUCAGUGGCCAUGAUGGGACUGCACAGACAGGAACCUUGUCAGCAACUUGCUCUUCUUGCCUGGACAUACACGCGGCGUGCAAUAUGCUUCAGCUCCCAUGCAGGAACGACGGCGAUGUUGAGGCGCAUGCAUACUGCCGCGAAUGUCUCACUCGCCUCUUCGAGUGCUCUAUAACAGAUACUUCGCACUUCCCACCCCGAUGCUGUUCCAAGAUCAUACCGAUCUUCAAUUGCAUUCCAUUCUUACCCUCAGCAGUCUUUUCUAGAUUCGUGGCUAAGAGAGAAGAGUUAGAGAUGGUGGAUCGCACCUAUUGCAGCAACAAGACAUGCUCGAACUGGAUCAGACCUGCCAGUAUUGUAGCAGACACAGCUACGUGCGCAGAGUGUGCUCAGAAGACGUGUGUUACGUGCAAAAACGAGCGACAUGAUGGUCUCUGUCCAGAGGAUAAGGAUGUCAAAAAGCUCAUGGGCGUUGCCAAAGCCAAGCGUUGGCAGACGUGCCCAAAGUGCAAAGAGAUGGUUGAGCUUGAGCGAGGCUGCUUCCACAUCACGUAG